UACACUUGCACAAGUUGCACAUAGGUAUAUAACCGCAGUUAUUGGCGCUCUUAUUUGUCAAACUGAGUGAACGCGUUAAAUUAAAUUGAAUUAAUAGAAAUCAAAAGAGUUAUUGCGAAAAUGUUAUUUACCGCCGUGCUUUUGCUUUUGUUAAUAUCUUCGAGCGUUCUUAGUAGCAACAGCAAUACGAACUCUGUGGACGGUGAACAAUAUAUCUUCGACUUCACUGGAUCGGACGGCGUGGACGGAUGGCAGGAACAAUCGGAUACCGUGCGCUCUGUGGGAAUGUCCAAAGCAGUUCUAGUCAUGCACCAGAACACUGAUUACAAACGAGCGAUAUUCUUCGCCCUGCUAAAUCCUCAGACAAACGGAGCAGGUUUCGCUGGAGUCAGGGCUUUAAGGAAAUAUGAUUUGACGGGGCACACGAAGUUGCAGUUGCAGUGCCGAGCCCAGGGACAGUUCAACGGCUUCAAAGUCGUCUUAAGGCAUAAGGAUUUAAACGACGACCCAUAUUAUACUUUUGAGCAAUAUUUCCAAGGUCCAAAUAAUGAAUUUGCUGUCCGUGAUCUGCCCUUUUCAGAAUUUAAAGCAUACUAUCAUGGCCAACUAGUCAGUAACGAGACCCUAGAUAUAUCCCAAAUAACUAGUAUUGGUAUUCAAAUGUAUGGAGGAGUGUACCAGCCUGUUAAACAGAAAGGUCCUGCCACUUUAGAAAUAGAUUGGAUAAAGGCAGUAUAGCAACUUUUAACUAAUUAAGAGUAUUACCUAUAAAUGAUCAGUGAUUGUAAUGUAAAUACAUAAUUUUUCAUAUGAAAGUGACUGUUCUUUCCCACACAACUUCCCUUUAUCUAUUAACUUAAACUGUUCUUAUUAUAGGGAGCGUGCAUAAACUGUAGGGGGCAGCACAGGAGACGUCAGAUUUUUGGCGCGAGGCGUAAAUGUGUAGUUUAUGCUUCCAAAGUAGCUCACAAGAUGGCAGCACUUACUACGGCGUGAAGUUUCAAUGUACACAUGUGAUGUACAUGUUUAUGGUUCCGAUUCAGGCCACAAGAUGGCAGACCCUCCAACGCGCACGGACCCUAUAACCCAGAUAAUACUGACGGUUCGAUUGGUCAAUUUAUCUGGUUUUGUACCUACUCAAAAGGGCCCUUCACGCGAAGGAAAUGCGCAUUGAAAUAGGCAUUCUAUUAGCUAUCUGUAGCAACAUUGUGAGCAUAUAUUUUAACAAUGUCAGUUGUUAU